UUACGUUGCGUUCGCCUCCGAGCGCAUUGUCGGCCGGGCGCUGUCGAGUGAGCUGGUCGGCGGCGGGGAGACGGUUUCUUCUCUCAGAGGCGUUUGAGAGGAUGGCAGGAAGUGAAACUGAACAGGAUGAUUCAGUUUUGAAAAAAAGUAGUUCUGACACAGAAAAGCAAAGUGAGAGAUCAACAUCAUCUAAAUCUCCCAAAAGCUACAAGCAUCACUCAUCACGAUCCCAGUCUAGGUCAAGGUCGAGAUCAAGAUCUAGGGAAAAGAAACAGAAGUCUGAAAAUGAAAACCAGAAACGCAGACUAAGUCGCAGCAGAAGCAAAGAGGAACGAAGACGGGAUGUAAAAGAAAAAUCUAUGACCAAAAAAGCAAAGUCAUCUGAGCAACAAAGUGACAAGGAGCAAAACAAAUGCAGAGAGCGAUUAAGUUCAGCAGAAAAUGGAGAAGAGCGGCCAAAACGAAAAGAAAAAAAACCUUCAAAGGCUCAUAGUUAUUCUAGGUCCAGAUCAAGAGAGAGACGACAUCGCAGCCGUGAAAGGAGAAGAUCACGUUCAAAGAGCAAAGAGAAAAGAUCUCGGAGUCGAGAUAGGCGGUCAGGGAGCAGAAACAAGCGCUCAAGGAGCUGGGACAGGCAUUCAAGGAGCAAAGACAAGCGCUCCCGGAGUCGGGACAGACGCUUGAGCAAAGAUAGGCGAUCACGGAGCAGAGACAAGCGGUCGCGAAGCAAGGACAGACGAUCCCGGAGCAGGGACAGGCAUUCGCGGAGCAAGGAUAAGCGGUCAAGGAGCCGGGAUAGAUGCUCGAGGAGUAAGGAUAAGCGGUCAAGGAGCAGGGACAGGCGCUCAAAAAGUAAGGAUAAGCGAUCUUGCAGUCAGGACAGACGCUCAAGGAGCAAGGAUAAGCGAUCUCGGAGUCGGGACAGAUGUUCAAGGAGCCGAGGGAGGCGCUCAAGAAGUCAUGGGAGGCGUUCAAGGAGCAGAGACAGGCGUUCAAGGAGCAGAGACAGGCGUUCAAGGAGCAGGGACAGGCAUUCAAGAAGCAGGGACAGGCGCUCAAGAACCAGAGAAAAAAAACGGCGACCAAAAUCACGUUCAAGAUCACGAUCAAGGCACAGGCCUCGCAAGAGUAGAAGUAGAAGCAAAGAAAAAAGAAAACGCAAAUUUAGCAGAAGCAGAAGCCGCAGCCGGACUCCGCCAGCAUUCAGGGGCCGCAAUGCUGCCAUGGAUGCUCAAGAAGCGUUGGCUCGCAGGCUUGAAAGAGCAAAGAAGCUUCAGGAACAAAAAGAAAAAGAACUUCUGGAAAAACAAAAAGUGGAACAAACAGAUGUAACAGAUACAACUAAUGGAUCACUUGGAAAUGUCAACCAGCCAACAGUUAGUAGUGGAUCUGUUCUCAAUGUUGCUGCACUCCUGGCAUCUGGUACUCAAGUUACACCUCAGAUUGCAAUGGCUGCACAGAUGGCAGCUCUCCAAGCCAAGGCUCUGGCUGAAACUGGCAUAGCAGUACCUAGUUACUACAACCCAACUGCUGUUAACCCAAUGAAAUUCGCAGAACAGGAGAAGAAACGCAAACUCCUCUGGCAGAACAAGAAGGAAGGGGAUAAGUCACAGACUGCAGAAUUAUGGGAGAAGCUGAAUUUUGGUAACAAAGACCAAAAUGUAAAAUUCCGGAAGUUAAUGGGCAUCAAGGACGAGGAAGAGGUGGGAACACCAGUCCCAAAUCCUGAUGAAAGUUUCAAAACUCUAAAGCAACAGGAAGAAGUAUUCAGGAACUUGGAUGCUCAAUAUGAGAUGGCACGAUCACAAACUCACACGCAGAGAGGCAUGGGCCUGGGUUUCUCCUCUUCAAUGAGAGGAAUGGACACAAUUUAAGAAUGAGCAUUGUACUUGUGCUUAAGUACAUGAUUUUUUUAAUAUUGUCUUUGUCCAUGUUGGAGAUUUAAAGCUUCAUCUUGACUUUCACUUUCCUGUUUACUGAAAAAGCUAGCAAUCUAGCUUGCAUGGUUGUUGCAAUGCAAAAUAAUUUAUUAAAGGGGGUUUUGGUUGUAAAGAUAACUGGGUGUAUCAACAAUCAUACUGUGAUAGUUUUCUUCCUAAGCUUUGGGACUUCAUUGAAGAAACAUUUGAAAGCAUUGUUUUGCAACCAGAGAACGGGGAAGUUCUACCCUUUUUUUUUCUUAAGUAUUUCGAGUAAUGUAUGCUAACUGGAUUCAAAGCUUAAUCUCAUUCAUAUUUUGUUGUAAUACUUAAUGUUGCUGUAUUAUGUGAUUGCUUUUGUACUAAAACUUGUACAGUUAUUUUCAUCUUUUGAAAUGCAAAUGAUUGUGUAGUUGUAAAUUUGGAUUUAGUUUGUUUGUAAGUACUUAUUCCAGUGCUAAAAAGCGCUUUAUAGUGCAUUGUUCAUUAUCAAGCUUUCUAGACAAUAAAUUGAUGAUUUUCAAUA